GAGCUGCGCCGGGGGGAGUUGGCUGUCUCCAGGUUCACGGCCACUGCGCGGACACCGCGGGCUCACUGAGGCGUACACACGGUCGCCCCCCCAUCUCCAGGGCAGAAGCUCCUAAAGACCGUCGGAUCCAGACUUCUAGAAGGUUUGAGGACAGAACUCAGAUAUGGUGCUGCUAAGAAAGGGGGAUUACGUCUGGGUGGAGUCCACUUCCGGGGUGCCAAUUGGUGCACAGAUCCACCUCACAGACACUGGACAACUCCAGCUUAUUGAUGAUGAAGGAAAGGAGCAACUGAUCACCAAAAAGAAUGAGGGUACCAUCAAACCUAUGCACCCUACCUCCGUGAAUGGGGUGGAUGACAUGAUCCGCCUGGGGGACCUCAACGAAGCAGGACUUCUCCGAAACCUCUUGGUUCGACAUAAAGAAGGAAUAAUAUACACGUACACAGGCUCCAUCCUCGUGGCGGUGAACCCCUACCAGCUGCUGCCCAUCUACACCAAUGAGCAAGUGCAGAUGUACACCGACCGCAGGCUGGGCGAGCUGUCCCCGCACGUCUUCGCCCUCGCCGACAGCUGCUUCUUCAACAUGCGCCGCCACCGCAAGAACCAGUGCUGCAUCAUCAGUGGGGAGUCCGGAGCAGGGAAGACCGAGAGCACCAAGCUGAUGCUGCAGUUCCUUGCCUCAGUCAGUGGCCAGCACUCCUGGAUAGAGCAGCAGAUCCUUGAGGCAAACCCCAUUCUGGAGGCUUUCGGUAACGCGAAGACUGUCCGCAACGACAACUCCAGCCGCUUCGGGAAGUACAUUGACAUCCACUUCAACAAGGGCGGGGCGAUCGAGGGGGCUCAAAUUGAGCAGUAUCUGCUGGAGAAGUCACGCGUGUGCCGGCAGGCUGCAGAAGAGCGGAAUUACCACAUCUUUUACUGCAUGCUGAUGGGAAUGACAGCGGAGCAGAAGAAGAUUCUUUCCUUAGGAAACGCUGCUGAAUACAACUACCUGACAAUGGGAAACUGCACCACCUGUGAAGGGCGGGACGACCUUAAGGAAUAUGCCCACUUCCGCUCGGCCAUGAAGAUCCUAAUGUUCACAGAAAACGAUUCUUGGGAGAUUUCUAAACUGCUGGCUGCACUCCUCCACCUAGGCAACGUGGACUUUGAAGCCACCAUCAUGAAUAACAUGGAGAGCUGUGAUAUUCUGACAUCUUCUCAUUUCAAUAUGGUCACCAAGUUGCUCGAGGUGAAGUCCAAGGCUUUGGAAGCUAGUUUGACACACCGCUCCUUCAUGACCAAUCGAGAGAGUGUCUCCAAACCACUCAGUUCUGGACAGGCUAUGGAUGGCAGGGAUGCCUUUGUCAAGGCCGUCUAUGGCAAGCUGUUUCUGUGGAUUGUGGAGAAGAUCAACAGUGUCAUUUUUAAGCCCCCACCAGAGGACACUCCCAGGCAAUCCAUUGGCUUGCUGGAUAUCUUUGGCUUCGAGAACUUCACACAGAACAGCUUUGAGCAGCUGUGCAUCAACUUUGCCAACGAGCAGCUGCAGCAGUUCUUUGUGAAGCACGUCUUCAAGCUAGAGCAGGAAGAGUACGCCCGCGAGAACAUCGUCUGGAAGCACAUCGACUUCAACGACAACCAGCGCACGCUCGACCUGCUGGCCAACAAGUCCCUCAACAUCCUAGCUCUGAUCGAUGAGGAGAGCCUCUUCCCCAAAGGAACAGACACCACCAUGUUGAACAAGAUGAACCAGGUGCAUGGAAAGAGUCAGAUCUAUAUUCCCCCCAAGAACAACCAUGACACCCAGUUUGGAAUCCAGCAUUUUGCAGGAGCGGUCUACUACAACGCCAAGGGUUUCCUUGAAAAAAACAGAGAUGCUCUGAGCUCAGAUUUCAUCCAGCUGGUUGAGACAUCAUCUAACAAGCUCCUCAAGCAGAUUUUCCAACCUGACUUCAAUUCGAAUGCAGUAAAGAACAGCCCCAACCCAAAGAUGAUAAUGACCCCGACAAACUCUCUACGGCAAGCUGCAGAUACCAAAAAGCGCAUGCUAACGUUGAGCGGUCAGUUCCGUCAGUCUCUGGAGUCCUUGAUGAAGACCCUCGCUGUCUGCCAGCCCUACUUCAUUCGCUGCAUCAAACCCAAUGACUUCAAGAAGCCCAUGCUUUUUGACAGGGAGUUAUGCAUACGUCAGCUGCGUUAUUCUGGGAUGAUGGAGACCAUUCGAAUCCGAAAAUCAGGGUAUCCCAUUCGCCACACGUUUCAGGAGUUCCUCGACCGCUACCGCGUUCUCCUGAAAACCUCUGUCUGUGACCCCAAAAAGGAACCAGCAGAGAAAUGCUGUGACUUCAUCUGUCAGUCUGUCAUCAGUGGAGAGGGCGACUGGAAAAUGGGCAAGACAAAGAUCUUUCUCAAGGACCACCACGACACCAUGUUGGAGCUGGAGAGGGACAGUGCAAUCCACGAGAAAGCCCUGCUCAUUCAGAAAGUCCUUCGAGGAUACAAACACAGGAGUCGCUUUCUAAAACAGAAGGCAGCUGCAUUGGUUCUGCAGAAACAUUGGCGUGGACAUAAAAGCAGGAAACUCUACAGAGCUGUCCGGCUUGGCUUUGCCCGACUGCAGGCUAAAGUCCGGGGCCGGCAGCUCCACCACGCCUACGGUCAGAAGCGAGCGGCUGCCGUUGUGCUGCAGGCCCAGACUCGCGGGUACCUGAUGAGGAAAGACUGGAAGCGUAAGAAGGAGGCUGUGAGGCUCCUGCAAGCUCACGCCCGUGGAAUGCUAGCCAGGAACGCUGUCAAGAGAAUGAAGAAAGCUGCCUUCCUCUCAGCCCAGGAGCGCAGGGCUGAGGAGUUAGCUGCUCUUGAGAGGCAGAGGCGCCUGGAGGAGGUUCUCAGACAGAAGCGGGAGCUCCUGGUCCAAUCCGAAUCCAUCACCGACCAGGAGAUGGUGGACAACAUCUUUGGCUUUUUGCCUAGCAUGGUCGGAGGCCAGGAAGGACAAGCCCCAAUGGGCUUUGAGGACUUGGAAGGCAAACGGGCAGUGCUGGAGGAAGUGGACCUAGACGACGCCCCCAUGAUGGAGGACCCUCAGGAGGAGGAUGACUACGAUGACCUCGACAACUUCUCCUUCUUCAAAUUUGCUUCCAUGUACUUCCAGGGCUCAGCCACACCCUCCCAUAUUCGCCAGAGGCUGCACCAACCUUUGCUGUACCACGAUGAUGAGGGAGAUGUUCCGGCCUCACUGACUGUGUGGUGGAUCAUAUUGAGGUUUAUGGGAGACAUUCCAGAGCCAAAGCAGAAGGUUGUUCCGGGCACAUCCUCUGUGGCAAACGACUCUGUUCAGCAAAAUCUGGGCCCAAAACAGAGCAGACGCCUCAGUCACAUGGUCGGACUUGAUCAGAAAUUGUUAAGGAAUAAAAAACCCAGAAAACCCUCCACUAUUUCAGAGGAGGUGGUGCUGAACAGAAAAUCCUCCACAAUUCCGGAAGAAGGGCCAAAGAACCGAAAGCUUUCCUCAAUUUCUGAGCUGGUAUGGAAGAGAAAACCUUCCACAAUCCCGGAGGAGCCAUCAGUAAACAGGAAAGGAUCCACAAUGACAGAGGACAUCCCUCGGAACAGAAAGCUUUCCUCAAUCUCUGAGCUGGUGUCAAGGAAAAGAAAACCUUCCGCAAUCCCAGAAGAGAUUCAAGAGGAGCCAGAGGAAGAGGUGGCCACACAGCCUACAGUGCAGACUGUGAAUAUGGAGGAUGAGGUGCUCGCUGGAGAGGGUCCCACCUUGGAUCGGCCACUGACUUCUCUGGAAAAGCUUCACAUCAUUGUGAGAUACGCCAUAGUCCGGCGUGACCUCCGGGAUGAGAUCUACUGCCAGAUCUGCAAGCAGCUAGUGGAGAAUAAGAAUCGGAGCAGUUAUUUCCGUGGCUGGAUCCUCCUGUCCAUCUGUCUUGGCAUCUUCCCUCCGACUGAGCGCUUUCUCAAAUACCUCCAAAACUUCAUUCGCACCGGCCCUUCUGGCUAUGCGCCCUACUGCGCUGAGAGACUGCGACGCACUGUGGCCAAUGGGGUGCGUGGAGAACCCCCGAGCUGGUUAGAGCUGCAGGCCACUAAGUCCAAGAAGCCAAUGGUUGUGUCAGUGACCCUGAUGGAUGGGCGAACUAUCAGCGUCCCUGUGGAUUCAGCCACAACCUCCAGGGAAAUGUCCCAGUUCCUGGCCCAGAAAGUCAAGCUCAAAGACACUUUCGGCUUCUCAGCAUACGUUGCUAUUUACGAUAAGGUGUGGUCUCUUGGGAGUGGCAGGGAGCAUAUAAUGGACGCCAUCUCACAGUGUGAGCAGGAAGUGAAGAGGAAGGGUGGACAGGAGCAGCACGCGCCCUGGCGACUCUACUUCCGUAAGGAGAUCUUCACGCCCUGGCAUGACUGUGGCCAGGACCCAAUCAGCACUGAGCUCAUCUACAGACAGGUCAUCAGGGGAUUCAAAUUUGGAGAGUACAUGUGUGAAAAGGAGGAUGAUUUUGUCGACCUGGCAGUUAAGCACUUUUACGUUCAGUAUGGAUCAGACAGUGGAGGAGAGAAUGCAAAGAAUGUGGUCCAGGCCUGCAUCAAUAACUCUUUGCUGGAAGCCAAAUCGGAGGAAAAGUGGGUGCAGAUGGUUACCACCGCACAUUUGGAGGGCCCAUACAUAAAUUCAAGGAAGCGAACUGCUGAUGUGAAGGCAGAGGUGGUUAAUUAUGCUCGCAACACAUGGCCUAUGUUCUUCUCCAAGUUUUUUGAAGUUGUCAAGCGUUCAGGUCCUGCAUUGUCUAAAAACAAGUUCAUUGUUGCGAUUAACUGGACUGGAGUCACGUUCCUGGAUGAAAAGGAGAAAAAACUUCUGGUUCUUUCUUACCCGGAAAUCACCGUUGUCAACACAGUGAGGGAUGGCAAGGCCUUUGGGCAGUCUGUCUUUCUUUCCACACUGAAAGGAGACUUCACCCUCAGUUCCGUCAUGGCGGGGGACAUAGCGGAGCUCUUACACAUGUUUCUAGGGGGACUGAGAGACCGUUCCCAGUACGCCGUGGCCUUGCAGGAGGCCAACAAACAAGACGACCCCACCUUCCUCAGCUUCAAGAAAGGAGAGCUCAUUCUUCUAAUCAAAGACGAUGAUUAUUCCCCUGACCGUGGCUGGAUAAAGGGCAAAAAUGAGCGAACGGGUAAAACCGGAGCAGUCUCCAUGGAUUCCAUCUUGAUUCUGCCCACCCUCACCAAGCCCACUAAUGAAGUGUUGAGCCUGUUGAACCUGUCCCCUGAUCAGAGGAAGACAAUUCUCCAGGCCAACCGAAAAGAAGCAGGCACAGUAGAGAGAGUGGCACCCUUUUCACUCAAAGAAUUCUCUUUUGAGUACUUCAGGCAGCCCUCCAAGGAUGUGAACCGGCAGGUGAUGUCCAAGGGCGCGGCACCUGAGAGACUGUGGGCCCACUCCCGGGAGCCCCUCAAGCAGUCGCUACUGAAAUCACUAGUGGGCAACCCAGAGCUCAGCCACCAGGCUUGCCUGUGCUUCACUGCCAUCCUGAAGUAUAUGGGGGACUAUCCCACCAAGCAGGUGCAGAGCUCCCUGGAGCUCACUGACCAGAUCUUUGGCCCCGCCACACAGAAGGAGGCCCUCAGAGAUGAGGUCUACUGCCAGAUCAUGAAGCAGAUGACCAGUAACAACAACAGGUUCAGCUUGGAGCAAGGCUGGCAGUUGCUCUGGCUGUGCUGCGGCCUCUUCCCCCCGAGCCAGGCGCUCCUGAAACACGCCAAGCGCUUCCUGGAGACCCGGCGCAGGGAGCCCCUGGCAUCCGACUGCCUGCAGCGGCUGCAGGCGGCGGUCAGGAUGGAUCCCAGGAAACUUCCUCCUCACCAGGUGGAGGUUGAUGCCAUCCAACAGAGCAGCACCCAGAUAUUCCACAAAGUGCACUUCCCCAAUGACACCGACGAGAUCUUCGAGGUGGGGACAAGCACCAGAAAUCGGGACCUCAUUCAGACCAUUGCAGAAAAACUGAGUCUGGCGUCAGCUGACGGCUUCAGCAUCUUUGUGAAAACCCCAGACAAGUUUCUGGGUCUGAACGAAACAGACUACUUCUAUGACAGUCUCAGACAGAUCACUGACUGGUCGAUGAAAUCAAAGAGAGCCAAAGAUGGAGGGCCGGUGAAUGUGUCCUAUUUGGUGUACUUUAUGAGGAAGCUCUGGUUCAACGUGUACCCUGGGAGAGAUUUGGAGGCUGACCUGCUCUUCCAUUUCCCACAGGAGUUGCCCAAGUACUUGCGCGGAUACCAUAAGUGUACCAAGGAGGACAUGGUCAACAUAGCAGCCCUAUUGUUCAGAGCGAAGGUCGACAGUGACAAGACACAGUUCGUCAUGAUCCCCAAGAUGCUGAAGGAGCUGGUUCCCAAUGACCAGCUGAAGGCCAUGUCCUCUGAGGAGUGGAAGAAGCACAUUAUCGCCACCUACAACAAGCAGGCUGGAAAGACUGUGGAGGAGGCAGUAGUGGCUUUCCUGAAGAUAAUCUUCCGGUGGCCCACGUUCGGUUGUGCUUUCUUUGAAGUCAAGCAAACAUCCGAGCGUAAUUUCCCAGACAUUGUGCAGAUUGCCAUCAGCAAAGUGGGAGUCACAAUCAUCCACCCUAAAACCAAAGAUGUUCUGGCCACACAUCCGUAUAACCAGAUAGCUAACUGGUGCAGUGGAAGCACUUACUUUCAUAUGACCAUCGGCGAUCUUGUCAAGGGAAACAAGAUUCUUUGUGAGACUUCACUGGGCUACAAAAUGGAUGACCUUUUGACCUCCUAUGUCAACAUGUAUCUCAAAGAAAGAAAAGCCCCUCGACCCAGAAAUCCACGCUCAACUAGCCGACAGUGAGAAAGAAAAGUAAAAAUAAGUCUACCUUUAUGUAAUAUCAUCCUGAGACCCAGCAAAAAAAUGAAUUUAAAUUUCUUGCAUAAUAUUAAUACAAGUGUCUUGGAUGGCAAAACCAUGUUGCAGUGAAAAUAUUUUCAAAAAUAUUAUUUAUUUUAUUUUUAUUGAACGUCCCUUGUGGUAUAGGUUUCAGAAUAGUAGAAUAUAAAAUCAGAUUAAGAUCAGAGACUCAUGUCCCCUACGAGGGACAAAAAUAAAUUCUGGGUCUUAGGAAGAUAUAGAAUAGAAUAACUUAGUUGGCCUUCAGUUUUAAAUAUUUGGUCUGUGUGAGUUGCAGUAUGUGAAUGUGAACUGUGUGUGGUACAGAAUGGCGAGAAUUUGUUUGGAUGCAUAUCAGUUGUCGAUUAUUGAAUUUUUUCCAUCAUGAGAAUUAUAUGUUGAACUUUAUUGUUGGAAUUGUAAUGAAUGUAUAGUACAAUAGAAGUUUGUUUCAAAUAUUCAGGUAAACAAUAACAAUUUCAAAGAGUGUUGAUUAAUCUAACGACGUGUAUGUUGUACGAUGAAAUGUCAAUUCUGGAACAGGAGUUGCAUAGUCCCAAAUCUCUUAAGUUUUCUUUUUAAUGAUUGAAAUCGCUCUAAACUAUUUUGAACAGUUGCGUAAAUUCUACAAUCAUACAAUGUAUUUUUUUUGGGAAGCACUGAAAUGAGAGGAGUGUGAAUGUAAGACAUGGAGUAAUGUAAGUGGAACAAACUUCUGAACAAACUUUCAUUUGCUCUUGUUGCCAAAUCCCUUUGUCUGCGGUGACCUUACUCACGCUAUUACACAUCAGUAAAGGGUUGUGAUGAUUGAGCCAUAAUAAAGUCAGGGAACUGAGAAUCAUUUUCUGCUAUACACAUAUAUUUUUAAAAAAAUUAUUAUCUGUUCUUUCUGACUAAAACAGCCUUCACAGAAUUAGCCAAGCAUAGCAUGCAUGUUUGAAUUUAGCCUAAUAAGAAAAAUUGGCAGCACUCUGAGAUGUGCUUCAUAGCCAUACCCUGAAACAUUAAACGCACCUGCUUUAUUCCUGAAGGACAGAUUGGCUGAAAUCUGGUGUGGUAAAAUUCAAACAUUACAUUAUUACUUUAAUUGCAUUUAGCAGAUGUUCUUAGCCAGACCAACUUGCAUUUUUACAUAUCCAUUUCCAUUUAUGCAUCUGGAUAUAUAUGAAGCAAUUUAGGUAAGGUACCUUGUUCAAUGGCAUUGGCCUACUUGGGAAUUGAACCUGCAACCUUUAGAUUACAAUCCCUGUUCCUUACUACCCAAGUAUAUAAUUAGUUUGUAGCCUGUCCCAAUCGCAUACAACCUGUUCUUAAUGUAACAUACCAAUCACUACACAUAUUAAUUGUGUGAAAGAAGAGCUGAUAGUGGGCUAACUGUUGUGAAUGCUAAUUGUUGUGAAUAAUACAUUUAUUUCAGUACCCAAUUAAAGACGUUGUCCAUAUUUCAAAUUUGAGAAAUUUGCAUGGGAAAGAUAUAUUGUUAAAAUAAUUAAAUAUAUUUUGGCAAAUGAUUCUUGAAAAA